CUUUCAAUUUCAAUAUACAGUCUUAUCGUCUUAAUGUUGAGCCUACUGUUAAUCCUACUAUCGUGGCAAGCCAUAUUGUCAUAUGGCCAUGCCCAACAUAAUCUCUGGGCUCGUAAAGUCAGGAGCAAUGGGGAUUCCGGUGAACCCCUGUUUCUGACACCUUUCAUAGAGAAAGGCGACAUCAAGAAAGCCAGACAACUAGCUAGAGUAAACCUCAACGACAGUUUACCAAUCGAGAGCUACACGGGAUUCUUCACCGUCAAUAAGGCUUACGACUCCAACCAGUUCUUCUGGUACUUCCCCAGCAUGCUUCCAGACAAGGAUCAGGCGCCUGUACUCGUAUGGCUUCAAGGCGGCCCGGGCGUGUCUUCGCUGUUCGGCUUAUUCUGCGAAAACGGCCCCACCACAGAACAAAACGGUCAAUUUGUACCCAGACAAUACCACUCCCUAACAACCAUUUUCGGUCGCCGUUAUAUGGGCUGGGCUCUAAACCACCACGUGAUCUAUAUCGACAGCCCCGUGGGCGCGGGUUUCAGCUUCACAAACGACACUAACGGAUACUGCACAGACGAGACGCAAGUCGGCGAGCAACUCUAUUCCACCAUCACUCAGUUCUUCCAACUCUUCCCGGAGCUGCAGAAAAACGAUUUCUUCAUCACUGGCGAAUCGUACGCAGGAAAGUACGUCCCGGCCUUUGCUCACACGAUCCACAGGAAGGACUCCAAUGCGAAGACUAAAAUAAACCUUAAAGGGCUCAUUAUUGGCGGUGCUUAUAUAAAUCCUGACAGUCAGAAUAAAUUCAGAUUAGAUUCAGAAGAUAAUCCAAAUUCUAUGAAAUUAGGGAAAUGUGAUCCGGCUAAAAAAGGUGACGAUUCAUUUGUUGCGGUGUUAAAUAAAAGCGAAGUUCGGAAAGCUAUCCAUGUUGGAACAUUAUCAUAUGACGAGUUGAGUAAUACAGUGCAUGAAUAUUUGAGUAAAGAUAUGUCACGGUCUAUGGCGCCCUGGUUGUCGGAAUUACUAGACCACUAUCCGGUGACCCUUUAUGGCGGAGAAGACGAUCAUAUAGUGUCCUACGCUGGAAUUGUUGAUUUUUUAAGAAAUCACUUUAAUUUUACGGGUGAAGAUGAAUACAAAUCAGCGAAGCGGUACUCAUGGAGGGUCGAUGGUGAGUUGGCAGGAUGCGUGAGGAGUGCGCGUCUUCUGAGGGAUAUUUACGUGCUGAAAGCUACGCACUACGUGCCUGCAGACCAGCCCAAACGUGCCUGGGACUUGAUCACGAGACUCACUCGUGGAAAAGGUUUUGAUAAGGAAGAAAUCUGCCCAGUAUAGCAGCCUGUACCUAGUUUCCGUUAGCUAUAAGGUAUCUUGUCAAUGUAAUUAAUAACCAAUCACUUGUUUAGGUUGGUGCAACCACCUUAAUAAAUAAAUGAAUCCUGUUAGAAUCUAA